UGUCGUUUCAACAUCUGGCAACAUCGAACGGCAACACGUGCGGUCGUGCCGUACCGUAUUCAAUAUACACAGCUCACUUAUUUUUCGCAACUAAAAGUUGAAUUAGCCGGAUAAUGGUGACGCGCAAGAAGCCAGUUAAGCGCAACGCCGAGGCGGCCGAAAUCCAGGUCGAGCAGGAGGAGGACGCUUCACAGCCGAAGGUGGCCAAGGAGCUGAUGGUGGUCGCCCAGGAGGUGAAAAUUAUACGUGCUCUUGCCUGCAACGAUGUGGUGGAGCGUAAUCGCCAGAUCCGCAUUUUGCGCAAGUGGUUCAAGGCGCGUGCCGGUAGCUCCUUUCCCUUCAACGAGGACGACUUCAUGCGCAUCUGGAAGGGAUUGUACUACACCAUGUGGAUGUCGGAUAAGCCGCUGGUGCAGGAGGAGCUGGCCGAGAAGUUGGCUCAAAUGGUGGACAGCUUCGGCGGUAAUACGGCCUGCAGUCUGGCCUACUUUAGUGCGUUUAUGCGCACAAUGUGCCAGGAGUACUUUGGCAUAGAUCAGUGGCGCAUGGACAAAUUCCUGAUGCUCACCCGCCGCAUGGUGCGUUAUCUACUGAGAUUCCUCAAACAGAACAACUGGAAUGCGGACCUGAUAGCCGCAUUCAACAGCAGCAUGCAGCUUUCUGUGAUGUCGGAGCAGCCUAAGUCUCGCGGCAUGACCAUGCACUACCUAGAUGUUUUCUUUGAGGAGCUGGCCAAGGCGGCCAAUGGUGAGAUCACUGCUGCUCAGGUUAAUAUGUUCUUGCGUCCGUUUGUCACCUACAUUGCUACACAACGCGAUGCUAAGCUAGUGGCACAGUGCCGCACAAGGGUACUCUAUCAUCUGAUGUACCAGAGCGACUUAGGACGACAGUACAGCGAAAAGUACAAUGCCUGGAAGCAGAUGGGUUUCCCCACCGCCUCCAUUGAUGACAUUGAGAAACUAGAUUCUGGAUUUGACGAGGAGGAUGACGAGGUCAACGCCGAGGAGGAGCAGCCGCGGGCCACAUCCUUGGAUCCCCGAGCGGGCAACGUGGACGUUCACAUGCCGGAGCUGCCGCUCAACGCUGAUUGCGUACUAGAUGAGCUGCAGACGCAGCUACGCACCAACGAUUUUAACAGCAAGAGACGCAAGGGAUUGCGCAAACUUAUCCAGAUCUUUGAGACUUACCAGAGAGGAGAGUUUCCACUUGGCGUGAGGACAAUGCCAAAGGUGGAGGGACAAACUCUGUCCGAAAUGGUGGAGCAAAAAGUGGCUGCCUUAGAUAAGAUGGAGGACGAGGUCUUUGCAACCGGAAGAAAACUGAAGAAGCUCAACAAAUCCAAACGCAAACGCCUACUGCAGUCCAUUAACUUUGAGGAGGUGGACGAGCACAACUACGAUGAGGUUAUUAGCAAGGCUCUGCCUCCUGAGCUGCAGAAGAAGGUGAAUUACAAUGCAAAGGUGCGUUCUAGCAUAAACAACGCAUGGGUAGUAGAGGAGGUCAAGGAGGCCGAGCCCAAGUCGAAGAAAGCAAAAAAGGAAGAACCGCCACAGCAGAACAAAGAUGACCAGACGAAGGUGAAGAAGAAAAGCCAGCUUAAGCCGAAGAAUGACCAGUCCAAGCCCAAGAUAGAGGAUCAACCGACCUUGAAGGCAGAAAAAGAAGAGCCUGCGAAGCGCAAGAAAUUGGACCACUCCAAGACGAAGGAGGAGCAGUCGAAGCCGAAGACAGACGAGCAGCCCAAGCCCACACCUAAGGUGGAGGGACAGUCCAAGGCCAAGCCGACUCCCAAAACGAAGGCUGCCGGUGUUGAUGAUGAUGCUCCGACCAACGGAUGGGAUGCCCCUUUAGAGGACGGUGAGCAGGACAUCUUUGUUCCCUCUCGAAAACUGCAAGUGAAGCAGGCCAACAGUAAGCUGCCGCAGUCCACACCCAAACAGCCUGCGCGCGCAGAGUUUGCGACUCCACAAACGGGCAGUGGCAAGCAUGUGCGGAUCGUGACUAAGAGCAACUGCAUCUACCCCAAGAGCGAUUACUACCGCCAGCUGAAGCUGUCUCCGCAGGUGCCCUACGACGCGAAUCGGUUGCCCGGUAAGAGUGCCCUUAAGCCACACUGGAUACCGGGACCGAUUCAUCCGAGCUACAAGGCCAAGCGCUUGUUCAACGACACUCUGUGACAAAGCGUCUAGUGGCAGCGACUGGGAUUGGGACAGGAUGAGGAAGAUUAAUUUGGACUUAGUGCUCUGAGGGACGAUGAAGAAGGGGGAGCGCUUCGCAUCAUACUACUUCCUUAUAAGGCAGUAUAAGAUAACACAUCCACAAUAGGCAUGUCUUAUGCUGGUUUUAUAAUACGUCUAUACACACGAAAGUUUCCAUGCUAUAUUUUUCUAUUUUACAAUGUUAAAGCCCUUUUGUUUAGUUUCGAGAGCACCGUUACUAUGCUUAAAUAUUUCAAUUUUCUAGAAUAGUUGAAAUUUACGAUAGUUCCGUGUUGCCUUGACUAAUUUCUACUCAAAUAAAAUCCGUAUAAGACAUGUACUAAAUGUAAUCCCCUAAUCUUUUAGUAGUUACAAUUACGACUUAAAAUACUAUUGCUUGUAGGCCAUUUUAUGUUCAAGCUAUCCUCUGAUCUGAGUUGAAAUAAAAGCAAACGUAGUAUAUGUAAAAUCAAAUACGAAUCACAAAGUUUAUUUAAUUACCAGGUACAGAAAGAACUAAGUAAUUUAGCAUUUUGAUGGGCUAACAAUUCCAGCUUUCAAAUUUCAAAACUAUAUUUUUUCGAGCAGAGAAUGGGGAAAACGAAUGUAUAUCAAUAGCUAUUUGAUAGUUAAUAGCUUAUUAUUAUACCAACAUUUUGAAAAUAAAUAUGUCAUUAUUAUUUU